UCACAUGAUAUGAAUAUGGCGCUGACUACAGAGUAGUUGAAACUAGGUGAUAAAGAUAGAUAUCCGUAUUUUUUUUUAUCUGUAUAGAUAUCCGCUUUUUUAUAAGUGAUAAAUCGACCAUAAUUAAAACAGGGAACAAUAUGUCGAAUUGAUACGCCCACUUCAAGUCAAGAUGAGUGUUUUAAAGGGACUGAAAGGUACUAUUAAAGGCGUUCAACAGGAUAUUGUUGAUGGGUUAAAAGCACUGACAACUUUUGAAACUCAUCCUAAAAGUGAGACGUUAAAACGACUACGAGGAGAUGGAAUUUCUCUCGAUGCAGGAGCAGAUCUUCUUCAGAGAUAUCACUUGUCAUGGAUAGAGAUUGAUUCAUUUACAAAACAAAGCGCAAAAAAAGCUGAGAUUGUAGAUAAAGAAAUAUUUACUGUGUUUAAAAAAUGGGAGAAAGAAGCAGAAUUGAUGACAAAUUUAGAAGAUUCUAUAAAGGAAUUACCUGAGUUAUUACAAGUUAUAGAACGGCUGACAGAUAAGCUAGUUGUAUUAAAGAAUGAUUUUACGCUUGUUGAAGAAGCCAUGGAGAGAUUAGAAGAUGUUUGUGAUGAACAGGAAAUACAGAAACAGAUAACUCUACAUAAUAAACAACUAGUACAAUAUAAACAACAAAAACAACAAGAUGCUGAAAGGGUUAAAGUUGAACUGGCCAGGAAUCAUGCAAGAAGAAUGCAGGAACUGGAGAAAAGUCGUAACGAGAAAUUACAAGAACGACAUGAAGCGUUUGAAGAGGCCUUUUCCAGUGAUUUAUCAUUUUAUAAACAACAUGGCAGAACUGAUAAAUUAAGUUUACCAGAAAUACCUAAAGUUAGUAGUUUAAGUGAUAUAAAUAUUGAGCAGGAUGAUGGUGCUUUAGAUGAUUUCCUCGCAUCACAGACCACCACACCCAUAACUGAUACUAAACCAGAAGUUGCAGACGCAGAAGAUAAGGAGCCAGAGGAUGGGGAAGAGAUGUUUUUUGAAGAUGAUUAUACAAAAGAUUACAGAAACAAUGAAGGUAAAUUAGAAGGAGACUUACAGAAUUUAAAAAUUAAAUUCAGCCAAGAAGACAUUGCAUAUCGUACGACAUUCGACACAGGAAGUACUGAAGAGGACCAUGUGAUUACAACCAAUGACAAUAUUCGUUCCAAUCCCAACAUUAAUCCUGAUACCCAUGAUGGCAGCCAAUCAGAUGAUAAUACUCGACAACGCAGCCAAUCAAAUAAAAGUGAUUCUUUGGUGCAGUCAGAUGCUUCCAGUAAAAGUGAAACAAAAAAUAUUGAAAGUUCGGACGUGGUGAAAGCAGAUGGUGUGGUGACAUAUCAGACAAAUGAUACAGGAAUAACAAAUGAUACAGGAAUAACAAAUGAUACAGGAAUAACUAGUGAUGAAAGCAUUGAUCAAACAUCAAGAGAAGAUAACUCUCAAGUAUCCAAAGAAAAUGAUACAUAAUCACAAUCGUAACACAAGAUACAAUAUAGUACAAUUACUGAAUUUAUUUUUAUGCAACAGAGAGGAUGUUUUGUCUUUAUCGAGCAAAUGAUCCAAAUCUGUGGAUGGUAUAUUCUGUAUGGUUUAAUGGUCGAGCGCGAGACAUUAAGUAAUAUAUUGAUACUGCACGAGGCGUUAGCCGAGUGUUGUUUUAAUUAAUAUAUUACGCAAUGUCUUUAGCUCAAGACCAUAAAACAACUUAAAAUACAGACACUAUCCCACACGUGCUUUUCAAUGAAAUACGUCACAUGAGUCCAAUAUUUCAUCUAGUAUAGAUAAUGUACAAUUGGCAAGUUGCCCGUACAUUAUUGGAAAUAAUGGUACGCCAACAUCAAAGGAUGACGUCACAUCUGUAUUUUAAAUGUAUAUAUUUAUCUACUAUUCGUAUAUAUUUGUAAUAAAUGCCAAUAGUGUUGGAUUUUAAAGAUUAUCAGAAAUGCAAGCCUGGAAAUAUGGCACCUGUCACAGAAAAUAUCAGGCACAGAUUCAGGCUUUGUCAGGCACAAAACCUCUGGUGCCAGGUCAUUUUGUCCGGCACUGAUUUGUCUUUCAUAUUGAUAUUAUUAAUACAUAUCGGCACUAAGUUGAAAAUGUCAGGUAUUAUUUCAUUAGUGCCUGAUAUUUUGUCAGGUACAUCUGAAAUAUCUAUUUCCAGGCCUGCAGAAAUGCCACUGUUCAGGCAGUAUUCUACUCAUAAAUUUCGAACAUAAGAAAUGUGUGUUAAUGAUAUUUAUUUAAUAUUUGUUUUAUUGAAGUUUAUUUGGAUGAGAAGAGUGUUUGUUUCAUAUGAAUAAAAGUAAAUAUAGACUAGAUACUAGCUGAUAUAUGGUAAAUAUGUAUAUAAUAUUAUUAUAAUUUAGAGUAUUUUCUAUUUUUAUUGAGAAUAAAUUAUUUUAAAUAAAA